AUGAUUAAAAUUAUACUCAAUAGGCUCCAGCGGAAACAAACCAAGUUAGGGGAUAAUCGUGAUGGAGGAUCCUCUACUUUAUCUUCAAAUUCUUCUACUACUUCGAGAAGCAAUAAUUCUAAAAAGUCUUGGUCGGGCAAUUCAAAUGCUACAUCUCUUUCAGGGAUCAAUCCAACUUCGAAUUCUAGCCAAAAAUCUAAUGCAAAGUUGAAUGGGAAUGCAGUAGUUGUGUUUGAAGCACUGCCUAGUUUUAGAGAUGUCCCUAAUUCCGAGAAGCAAAACUUUUUUAUGAAAAAACUGAAUUUGUGUUGUGUGGUAUUUGACUUUACUGACCUGAUGAAGAAUUUGAAAGAAAAAGACGUCAAGAAACAAACAUUGGAGGAGCUUGUUGACUACAUCACUUCGGCAAAUGGGAAAUUCACAGAAACCGUUAUGCAAGAGAUUGUCAGAAUGAUAUCCAUAAAUUUGUUCAGGGCACUCUCUACUCGAUCUCGUGAAAACGAAGUUUUAGAGGGUGUUGAUUUAGAAGAAGAUGAGCCCUUGAUGGAAGCUGCAUGGCCCCAUCUGCAAAUUGUCUACGAAUUCCUUCUCAGGUUUGUGACUUCGCCGGAGACAGAUGCAAAGUUGGCUAAGCAGUACAUAGAUCACUCUUUCGUUUUAAGAUUAUUAGAUCUCUUUGAUUCGGAAGAUCCCCGAGAAAGGGAGUACUUGAAGACAGUUUUGCACCGUAUUUAUGGAAAGUUCAUGGUGCACCGUCCGUACAUUAGAAAAUCUAUCAACAAUAUAAUCUACUGGUUUAUUUUUGAAACCGAGAAGCAUAAUGGAAUUGCAGAACUCUUGGAGAUUUUGGGAAGUAUUAUAAAUGGAUUUACAUUGCCGUUAAAAGAAGAGCACAAACUCUUCCUUGUCCGGUCGCUUAUUCCGCUUCACAAACCUAAGCGUAUACCUUUGUACCAUCAGCAGUUAUCUUAUUGCAUUACACAAUUUGUUGAAAAGGAUUGCAAACUUGCCGAUAUUGUCAUAAGAGGCUUAUUGAAAUAUUGGCCUAUCACAAACAGUUCGAAGGAGGUGAUGUUCUUAGGCGAGCUGGAGGAAGUCUUAGAAGCAACUCAGCCUCCCGAGUUCCAACGGUGUAUGGUUCCUUUGUUCGCCCAGAUUGGUCGCUGUCUUAGCAGUUCUCAUUUUCAGGUUGCAGAGAGGGCUUUAUUUUUGUGGAACAAUGAUCAUAUCGAGAACCUUAUCAAACAAAAUCGUAAAGUUAUACUGCCAAUUAUCUUCCCUGCAUUGGAAAGGAAUGCAAAAAAUCACUGGAACCAGGCUGUAAGGAGCUUGACCCUAAAUGUCCAGAAAAUUUUCUCUGACACAGAUCCCGAGCUCUUUGAGGAGUGUUUUCUCAAGUUCCAAGAAGCCGAAACAAGAGAAGAAGGAAAUCGGAUGAAACGAGAAGCGACAUGGAAACGCUUGGAAGAAAUUGCAGCAAUGAAAGCUGCAAAUGUAUAUGAGCUCAGAGUUGGAACUAUUACCGAAGAAUUUUUGUAUAGUACUUGCCCACCUUCUCGUGCUUGA